CACUGCAGGUGAAAGUCAGGCCUGGCAGCCUUCCCCAGGCAAGAAGCAACAAGGUGAAAGAAUGCAGAGCUGCAGGUUAUGGGGUGUUGGACCUGAGAUCCCCACUUCCUGGGUCCUCCAAAAGUUGUUGAGAACAAUGUACAUCUUGUACAUGUUGAUGCUGGGUGUUUCUGCCUUCACCAUUCAGCCUGAGGAGCGCACAGUGGCUGCAGGAAACUGCCGGUUUCUUGGCAGGCAUUUCAAGAUCGACUUCAUGGUGGAAGGGGAGCCUGUGGUCCUCAGGUGCCCCCUGGCAUGGCAUAGGUCGUUGGACUCUGCCCGCCCUCAUGUCAACAUGACAUGGUAUAAAAAUGGUUCUGCGAGGAUGCUUCCAGGGGAAGAAGAGACACGAAUGUGGGUCCAGGACAGUGCUCUCUGGAUUUUGCCAGCCUUGCAGGGGGACUCCGGCACCUACAUCUGUACUGUCAGAAAUGCUUCUUACUGUGAAGAAAUGUCCACUGAGCUCAGGGUUUUUGAGAAGACAGAAGCUGCCCUGACUUAUAUCUCAUACCCGCAAAUUCUAACCUUGUCAACCUCUGGAUCAUUGGUUUGCCCUGAGCUGAGUGAAUUCGUCCGUGACAAAACUGACAUGAAGGUUCAGUGGUACAAGGAUUCUGUCCUUCUGGAUCAAGGCAACGAGAAGUUUCUGAGCAUGAGGGGAACCCCUCGCUUACUGGUACAAAACGUAUCUGUGGAGGAUGCAGGCUACUACAGCUGUGUCAUGACGUUGACUCACAACGGCACACGAUUCAACGUCACUAGAAAUGUCGAACUCCGCGUCAAGAAAAAAAGAGAGGAGACGGUGCCCGUGAUUAUCUCCCCGCUCCAGACCAUAUUAGCUUCACUGGGGUCGAGACUGGUAAUCCCGUGUAAGGUGUUUCUGGGAGCCGGCACGCAGUGGACCACGGAGCUGUGGUGGAUGGCCAACGACACCGCCAUCGACAGUGCCUACCUGGGAGGGCGCGUGACCGAGGGGCAGCGCCAGGAAUACUCAGAAAAUAACGAGAACUACAUUGAAGUACCAUUGAUUUUUGAUACAGUCAUAAGAGAGGAUUUGAACACGGAUUUUAAAUGUGUUGCCCGUAAUGCGCUGAGUUUUCAGACGCUACAUACCACAGUCAAAGAAGCCACCACAUUCUCCUGGGAGAUUGCACUGGCCCCCCUUUCGCUGGUCGUCUUGGUUUUGGGAGGAAUAUGGACGCACAGUCGGUGCAAACACAGAACUGGAAAAGCCUAUGGUUUGACUGCGUUAAAGACUGGCCAUCAAGAUUUUCAAUCCUAUGCAAGUAAAAUAAAGGAAAUAAAAUAA